AUGUCGGACUGGCAGAAAGGCAAGAAAGCCAGGUGGGGCCACAGCCAGGGCAGCCAGGGCCAGAGCCAGGACCAGGAGCAGGGCCAGGGCGGCUUGCCGUCCUGGCAUGAGGGCUACCCGCAACAGGCGGACGGGCCUCCCAGUCGCAGGUGGCGCCGCAAAGAGGCUACGCCUUCCCCAGCCCCAGCCCUGGUGCCUCCUGUGGAGCCGUGCGCUCGCGUGGUGUGGCUUCUGGGAAACCGCUGUGUGGAGCUGCUCUUGCCUUCCGGAGAGGUGCAUUGUUCAGUCCUGGCGGCUGACAUCAAGGCUGGCUCCAGGUCGGUGGCCACCUCUGUGCCGGGACGUUUCUACGUGCUGGAGAACGGAACCUCGCGCAUCUGGCAGGUGGAGCUGGGCAAAGGUGCUUGGCCCAUCAGCGACGAGACGGAGGCCAGACGCUUCCGCGCUUCCCUGGGCUCCCGCUUCGUCUCUUGCGGUCCAGAUGGGCAGUGGCUCCUGGUCACGGGCACGCCUCACCACGGGGCCCACAGCCCCUGGCUCUUUGAUCUGGAGACGCAGCGGUGGCAGGCAUUGCCGGCCGCACCUCAUGCCAUCCUUUCCUCAGCCGUCGCGGUGCAGCGGGACGGCUUGGAGGUGACGAUCCUGGGAGGAUGGAGCAAGAUGAGCAGUUGCCACGGCCAUGUUCAGAGACUGAGCCUUCGAAGCGAGGCCAAGGGAAAAAGCCCCGGCGGCUGGGCCGUCCUGCCUGGACAGCUUCCUUGGCGGCGGCCCGGAGCCGGAACCUUCCUGGAGGACGGGCGCCUGCUCGUCUCUUUGGGAUGGAUGGAAUGCGAGGGUGCGGUUGGAACCCAAAGCUUCCGGCUGCUGCCGCGGAACGGCGCAGCUCAGCGUGCACGCUCGUCAUCCUCGCGCCUGGUGGCGCUGAGUGGCGAGGCACGUCCUGUGGUGGAGGAGCUGGCGGUGCUGCCGCUCGCCGACAGCUUCGAGAACCUCGGGGAAAUUUUCGAUCUGGGCGGCUCCCUGGCCUGCGUGGGCCGGGAUCACGUCCAGGCCUUCGACAUGACAGCUGGAACCUGGCAACGCUGGCCACUUCCCGCCGAGCUCGCGGUGGACGGCAGCAGCUCCUGGGCCAAGCACUGCGGCUCCUGGGCCGUGGCCCUCGAAGCUGCUUCGGCACCCGCGAAGAGUGGCACAGAUCGUCCACCGCCCGUCGUCGCGGUGCAGGCACCACGGCUGACGGACGAGGAGCAGAAGCUCGUCGACGAGCUCUUUCGGAAUUGGGAAGGCCGAAUAAGCCAGUAUGCCAAGUCCGUGAAGGCGGCCUCCACGGCUGCUCUGGACAUGGAAAGGGACUAUGCCGACCUCCACGAGAAGGUCCAGGUACUCAGGGAGGAGCGCGAAGACCUGAUGCGAAAGCAGGAGGGCGCCCAGGGGUCGAUGCAGCUGAUACGUGAGCAGCAGGACCUUCUCGCGAAGCUCCUGGAGCAGCUGGAGACACAGUUGGACUUGGGCUCGACAUUGAAGACCCCGCGGAGUACCAUGAGGCUGGAGGAUCGUGCAGCGGCCUUGGAGAGCCAGCUCGGGGACCUCACACUGCAGGUGAGGGAGCUCGCGGAUGAGACCGUCGCUUUCGAGGCCGAGAGCGGUGGUGAUCCCCUCGAUCAGGUUGCUCACCUCUUGGCAGCUCACUCCAGUGAACUCGAUGCCGUGCAGGAACGACUCGAUGCCACGGAGAAGAAGCUGAAGAUCGUCGAGGGCUACGUGUGA